AUGUUCAGGUCAGCUGCCAACCGCCUGAACUCGGUGCGAGGCAGGUUUUCGUCCUCGAAAGCAACCUCACCACAUACUUUCGUCGAAGAGAGCCUUGCGCGCUAUAGUCCUGGCGGCUACCAUCCAAAGAACAAGAUAGUCUGCAAGCUUGGCUAUGGCCUCUACUCGACCGUGUGGCUAGCCUUUGAUCAAAGGGAGAAACGACAUUUUGCCCUGAAGAUUCUGACUGCCGAUUCCUACGACGGCAAGCACGACACUUUUGAGAUGGCCAUCCUCAAGAAGAUUAAGUCCCAGAGUGCGAAUAUUAGAGGACCAGGCCCGCAAAGCCUGCUUGGUCUGGUCGGUGACUUUGAACACACAGGUCCCCACGGCAAGCAUACAUGUCUCGUCUUCGAAGCAAUGGGGCUAGACAUGUCCAAGUUCAGACGCCUUUUCCCGCGUGCUUGUAUCCCCGUGCCGCUCCUUAAAGACAUUACACGGCAACUGCUCUCGGCUCUCGCUCUCCUGCAUGAUACCUGCAAGGUUAUACACUGCGAUAUCAAACCACAGAACUUGCUCAUCGAGACACCCAAGAUCGCCAGCUUGUUUUCCAGCCUGAGCUCGGACAACUUUGUACCACAGCGACGUCCACUAGACCCACCACAUGAUUUCUACAUGGAGUCAAUGCAGGUUUCGUCGGCACAGGAAGAUCUAGCGCAGGUACCGUCCGUGGCUGUCCGGCUAGCGGACUUUGGGACUGCAAGCUGGGUCGACCGGCAUCUGACCGAGUGGAUCCAGCCGCAAAUGCUCCGAGCUCCGGAAGUCAUCCUCGGCGCCCCCUGGGACCACAAGGUCGAUGUAUGGAAUCUCGGGCUCAUCAUCUGGGAGUUCGCCGAGGGAUCGCUCGUGUUUGACGGCACCUGGACCGCCACGGCGCCGUACUCCUCCGAGGCACACCUCGCCCAGAUGCAGGCUGUCUUGGGCAGCAUGCCACAGUCCCUACUGACCCGGUCCAAGCACCGCAGCAAGUUCUUCCGUGAGGACGGGACCUUGCGUGAGCCGUCUCCUUUCCCUCACACGCCUCUCGAGUCGAUCUGCAGAAACACCGCGUUCGACCACUCGGACAAGGCGCUGUUUCUCGACUUUAUCGCGAGAAUGAUUCAGCUCGAGCCACAGGCACGACCGGAUGCUCGGGAGCUGCUGCUCCACGAGUGGCUCAAGCAAUAGCUGCUGCCCAAGGGUACGAGGUACCCGAGAGCUACUUCAUGUACUCGGGAACUAACCAUGGUAACCCCCGUAAGAUGAUUUAAUUCUUACGCGGACUGAGCAUGGAC